AUGUCGACACCUGUUUUAUUAGGAUUGGGUAUGAUAGCCGUAGGAGUUGCUGGACGUUAUAUAACACGGAAUAUGAAUGCUGGUAGUAUGCAAAAACUUUUCAGUAUAUCUGGACUGAGUGGCUCAAAGUAUUAUCGUGGGGGGUUUGAACAAAAUAUGUCCCGGCGUGAAGCUGCCCUAAUUCUUGGUGUGAGUCAACAGUCAAGUAAAAAUAAAAUUAGAGAUGCUCACAAGAAGAUCAUGAUUCUUAACCAUCCCGAUAAAGGUGGUUCCCCAUACUUGGCUGCUAAGAUCAAUCAGGCCAAAGAUAUACUAGAAUCCAACAAAAGUUAA